AUGCAUUUAACGGGUGCCACACCGACGCCGGGUACGGCUUCUUCUCCCGAAGGUACCGCAUCGGUCCUUAACGAAACCUACACUAAAAUGACGUCGGACAUAUUGGCCGAAAGAACUCUUGGAGAUUUUUUAUCCGAACAUCCGGGAGAACUCGUACGAACGGGGAGUCCGCAUUUUGUGUGCACGGUUUUACCUCCUCAUUGGAGAUCAAAUAAAACUUUACCGGUCGCAUUUAAAGUUGUAGCUUUAGGAGAUGUUAUUGAUGGUACUUUGGUCACGGUGAGAGCCGGAAAUGAUGAAAAUUAUUGCGCCGAAUUGCGAAACGGAACGGCGGUAAUGAAAAAUCAAGUCGCAAAAUUUAACGAUUUGAGAUUCGUCGGCAGAAGUGGACGCGGUAAAAGUUUUACAUUAACUAUAACGAUAAGCAGUUCACCCCCACAAGUUGCAACAUAUACGAAAGCAAUUAAAGUUACCGUCGAUGGUCCAAGAGAACCCAGAUCGAAAACAAUAAAGAAACAGUAUCCCUUUUGUCAAUGUAAUACAACAACAUCCACACCCUUCAUAAAGUCGGUAUAUCUUUUAUUUUUGUCGGCGGCAUUUCUUUUUAAGUCUAGCGCCUCCUUCUAUCUUUUUUUUUCUCCCCGGAUUUAA